AUGUCGGUUGUGAAUAUUUGUUCAUUUUUUUUAUUGUACGUAUUGUUUAGUGCGUGUCAAAGCGCAAAAAUACUUGCUGUGUUUCCAACGCCUUCUAUAAGUCACCAAGUGGUUUUUCGUCCAUACAUAUACGAAUUAGUGAGAAGGGGACAUGAAGUUGUCCUGAUCACACCCGAUCCAGCAUUUCCUAAAGGUCAGAGUCCAGUUAAUUUAACUGAAAUAGACGUUCACGAUAUAUCAUAUGAACACUGGGAAGAAAUCCUCUCCGCUCAUGAUGGUAAAAAGGAAAAUAUAUUAAAACAAUUGAUAAAUUUAUUCCAUAAGUUUACAUCAACGUUUGAGAAACAAAUACUUACGGAUGAAGUGCAACGGAUAUUGAGGGAAGAGGGUGAUUCCUUUGAUCUCAUCGUGGCCGAAGCUAGUGUUCGAACUGCGCUCGGGCUUGGUCAUUUAUUGAAAAAGCCCAUUAUACAAUUUAGUUCUUACGGCGGUGUAACCCAACAGUACAGCAUGUUUGGUGCACUCAUGCAUCCUAUAGUAUUUCCCACGCCUGUUAAUCAAAGACUUUAUAAUUUAAGUACCCGAGAGAAGAUUUGGGAAUAUUUUAAAUUCCUCGUCUUGGAGCUAUUGUGUGUCAUUACAUACGAUAACGACAUUUCUAUGGCGAAAAGGCGAUUUGGUGAUGACAUGCCUUCUUUUGAUGAAGCUACCGAUAAAUAUGUACAAAUGUUGUUUAUAAACGAGCAUCCCAUAUGGGCUGACAAUCGUCCCGUUCCCCCUAACAUUAUUUAUGUAGGGGGGAUUCAUCAACCUGUUGAUAAGGAACUACCAAAGGAUCUUCAGGCAUAUCUCGAUUCUUCUAAAAAUGGUUUAAUUUAUAUUAGUUUUGGAACAAACGUGAGAACUAACACUCUUUCCAUAGAUACAAUUAAAUUGUUGACAAGUGUAUUUUCUAAACUGCCAUAUAAUGUAUUAUGGAAGUGGGAUGAAGAUGAAUUGGAUGGAAAAACAGAGAAUAUAAAGAUAUCAAAAUGGCUACCACAGGCUCAGGUAUUGAAACACCCAAACAUCAAGCUAUUUAUAACACAAGGUGGUCUUCAAUCAACUGAUGAAGCGAUUAACGCUGCAGUGCCUGUCAUAGGGAUUCCGAUGUUGGGAGACCAGUGGUACAAUACUGAGAAAUAUGUUCAUCUCAAGAUUGGCAUGCAACUUGAUAUACUAUCACUAACCGAGGCAGAACUAACUGACGCCGUGAAAACUGUUAUUGAAGAUAAGAGCUAUAAAGAAAACAUGUUGAAACUCCGAUCGCUCAUGCGGGAACAUCCAAUAAGCCCUUUAGAUUCUGCAGUGUGGUGGACAGAACAUAUCAUUCGACAUGGAGGCUCCCAUCUGAGAUCUCCAGCUUUUAACAUAACAUUCUAUAGUUAUUAUGAGUUGCCUUUACUUCUCACUUUGAUUUCAGUAUGUGUUAUAAUAAUUGUUACGUCAAUGUUUGAAAUAUGA